AUGAGGUUGUACAUAUCUGCAUCCGACAAGACUUUAGGGAGCAUGUUGGCUCAGGACGAUGAUAAUGGUGUCGAAAGAGCCAUGUACUACCUCAAUAGGGUCUUAAAUGAUGCAGAAACUAGGUAUAGAAUAGUUGAAAAAUUGUGUUUAUGCUUGUAUUUUUCUUGUACAAAGUUGAAGCAUUAUGUAAAACCUAUUGACGUCUAUGUUUCAUCUCAUUUUGAUCUUAUUAAACAUAUGUUGUCUAAGCCAAUUUUGCACAGUCGAAUUGAAAAAUGGACACUAGCUUUAGCUGAAUAUUCCCUAACUUACAUUCCAUUAAAAGUUGUUAAAGGACAAGUGGUAGCAAACUUCAUAGUCGACCACUCUAGAACUGACAACACAGUGACUUAUCUCGAAUUAGAGCCCUGGAAGUUAUACUUCGAUGGGUCUAGUCAUAAAGACGGGACAUGCAUAUGGGUUAUAAUUAUUUCUCCUAAUAAAAUUCCAACAAAAUUCAAGUAUAAAGUGGAAGGCCUUUGCUCGAACAAUGAAGCUGAAUAUGAAGCUUUGAUAGUCGGACCUGAGAUAUUGUUGGAAUUGGGGGCAACUCGAGUCGAAAUAAUGGAUGACUCGGAGUUAGUUUCAAAGCAGAUCAGAAAAAAGUACAAAUGUAUUAAAGAGAAUCUCAUUAUGUACUUCGUAAUAGCCAAUCGAUUAUUAAGAAGAUUCGAGAUAGUUAGUAUUCGACACAUACCUCGAUUGGAAAAUCAAGUGGCUAACGCAUUGGAUCAAAUUGCAUCUAGGUAUAAAAUUUCAAAAGAGAAAUUACAAAAAGUAAUCGAAGUCAGAGGGAGAGUUGUGUCGACUAGACUAGCCCCAUUAGACUUGGAAACGACAAAGUUGGGAUACGCCGACAAGAAGAGCUUCGAAAUAUUGGCAGUAGAUAGCCUGACAGACGAGGAUUGGAGAAAACCAAUAACGAAGUAUUUGCAGAAUCCGACGGUGUCUACCAAACAGAAAACCAGGUAUCGAGCUUUAAGUUAUGUUCUUUUGGGUAUUGAAUUAUUCAGAAAGACUCCUGAGGGAGUUUUACUCAAAUGUCUUAGUGAAUUAGAGGCAUAUCUAGCCAUUUCGACUGUCCAUAGUGGGGCAUGUGGGGCACACCAGGUUGGUCAUAAGAUUAAAUGGUUAUUAUUUCGCCAAGGGAUAUACUGGCCUGCCAUGUUGAAAGACUGCAUUGAGUUUGCCAAAGGAUGCCAAGAGUGUCAGGUACAUGCAGGCAUACAACAUGUCCCUGCAAGUGAACUGCAUUAUAUAAUCAAACCUUGGCCUUUUAGAGGUAGGGCUUUAGAUCUGGUUGGGGAAAUUCGACCACCAUCGUCUAAAAGUCAGAGAUAUAUUUUGGUUGGCAUUGAUUACUUUAAAAAAUGGAUCAAAGUUAUACCCUUGCCAAAUGUAGAUCAAGAAGAUUUGAUCGAAUUCAUCCAUAAACACAAUAUUUAUAGAUUUGCAAUCCCAGAAACCAUCACGACAGAUCAAGGAUCAAUAUUUACUGGUAGAAAAAUGCAGGAAUUUGCUAAGGAAAUGAGUUUCAAAUUGUUAACUUCUACACCAUAUUAUGCUCAGGCUAAUGGUUAG